GUUCCGGCUUCGGCCUCCGCCGCUGCCGCCGCCGCUACUAGAGCCGCCGCUGCUGCCGCCGAAGCCGUCGGGGCUUGUUAUUUCUAAAAUGGCGCCCCUAGACUUGGACAAGUAUGUGGAGAUAGCGCGGCUGUGCAAGUACCUACCGGAGAACGACCUGAAGGUGAGCCCGGCUGGGGCGGGAGCGCUGCUUGCGGGGCUCGCCCCUUCCGGCAGUGGGGCGCCCGCCGGCCCGCCCUUCCUCUCUGCGCCGGACCCCCGCCGGCAUCCCUUGUUUGAUUUUUUGUUGUAUCUUUUUCAGCGGCUAUGUGACUAUGUUUGUGACCUCCUCUUAGAAGAGUCAAAUGUCCAGCCAGUAUCGACACCAGUAACAGUGUGUGGAGACAUACACGGACAGUUUUAUGACCUUUGUGAACUAUUCAGAACUGGAGGUCAGGUUCCUGACACAAACUACAUAUUUAUGGGUGAUUUUGUAGACAGAGGUUACUAUAGUUUGGAGACCUUCACUUACCUUCUUGCACUAAAGGCUAAAUGGCCUGAUCGUAUUACACUUUUGCGAGGAAAUCAUGAGAGUAGACAGAUAACACAAGUGUAUGGAUUUUAUGAUGAGUGCCAAACCAAAUAUGGAAAUGCUAAUGCCUGGAGAUACUGUACCAAAGUUUUUGACAUGCUCACAGUAGCAGCUUUAAUAGAUGAGCAGAUUUUGUGUGUUCAUGGUGGUUUAUCUCCUGAUAUCAAAACACUGGAUCAGAUUCGAACCAUUGAGCGGAAUCAGGAAAUUCCUCAUAAAGGAGCAUUUUGUGAUCUGGUUUGGUCAGAUCCUGAAGAUGUGGAUACUUGGGCAAUCAGUCCCCGAGGAGCAGGUUGGCUUUUUGGCGCAAAGGUCACAAAUGAGUUUGUUCAUAUCAACAACUUAAAACUCAUCUGCAGAGCACACCAACUAGUGCACGAAGGCUAUAAAUUUAUGUUUGAUGAGAAGCUGGUAACAGUAUGGUCUGCUCCUAAUUACUGCUAUCGUUGUGGAAAUAUUGCCUCGAUCAUGGUCUUCAAAGAUGUAAAUACAAGAGAACCAAAGUUAUUCCGGGCAGUUCCAGAUUCAGAACGUGUUAUUCCUCCCAGAACGACGACGCCGUAUUUCCUUUGAGGCCUUCGCCCAUCCUGCUGACCCAUUUUUCUUCCCUCUUCUUACCCCAACUUUUGUGUAUUACCCUCUACAAUAUACUUUUUAUCAAGCACUUUGCUGCUGAAAUGCUGCCUCUUGCCUUUUUUUUUAAUUUUAAAUUAUCUAAAUUUAUUGUUUGUUAUGGUGUCUAUAGCUAUGUUUUUCUGUCAAUUUUCUCCCCCAUCCCAUCCCCACCUUGGACUCAUUUGAGAAGACUUGAGAAAUGUCUUAAUACUCACACUGCUGCAUGUAGCUCUUGCUUAUUUACUGGUCUGGGGGAAACAGGAUGUGUUUCCUCUUUUUUAAAAAGCCAAUUGACAGAACAGACUACACCGAAAUGCUCCUCCUUUUGUAUCAUUCAGCCUUUUGUUUUAGUUUGGUAAGUUUUAAGAAAUUUCAGCAGCAAAGUUGUUAUUCAAUGGGCACGAUGGACUGCAGAUGCCUCGAGUUAUGUAUACCUGUCCCAGCUGUAAACUUCAUUGUCCUUUGUUGAAUGAUAUUUUAAAUGGAUAUAAAAUAAAUUGGUCUAAAGGGCUGCCCUCCUUGUUGUGUUUUUAAAUUUUAGUUAAAACUGCUACAGCUUAUGACUUUGUACAGUAAGAUAAUUGUAUUGAUCUUUUUUCAGAUUCCUUGUAUUUUUUAAUAAAGUAAUCUUAAAUAAAACCCAGAUAGGUUAAAGUGUUAGAAAUUUUAAACAGCUUACAUUGUUAGUUUAAAGUUAUUCUUUUUCCCCCCCCCCAAUCAGAGCUUUUGACCCUUUGGUUAUUGAGUUUAAAACUUCAACUGAAAUUCAAUAGUAUUUAUUUAAAAAAAAAAAAUCACUAAACUGUGCCUAAAGAACAUAACUGCCAUAUUAAUGUCUUGGUUUAUAUUCUCUAUAGUAAUAGAAAAACAUUUAAUACUUGUAAUGCUGAUAUGUUCAUUUGAUACCAGUUGAGUAGAAUGUGAUAGAUCCAGUUUACAAUCUAUCAUGAGUAUCAUUAAGUAAAAUCUGUGUACUUUUCAAUAGGAAUCAUUCUUCUCUUGCUGUAACACUUGACCUUAACUUUUAGAAAGUGUUCAUUUUUUAACUGCAACUGGAAAGGUUGAAAAGUCAGGACUCUUGUAUUUGUGAACUGUAAUUUGAAGCAAAUUUUAAAAAGUGUAGAAAGAAACAAAUUGUCCUAUUUUGUAAAGGUCUGUGAUACCAUGUUUCGGCUUUGUGUAAGUAAUUUGAAUAUCCAAAGGGUGUGAUGAUCAGUUCUUUAUAUGCAACUGUCCACUUAAUAAGGACAAGUGUUCCAGUGUCUCUUAUGACUGUGGUCAUAAAUGAUGUUGGAAUUUACUAUUUUGUGAAAUAGUUGGUAUCCCUUUACUACUAUAAUUAAUUUUUGUCAUUCCAGGAAAUCUUUGUGAAGCCAGCCAAUUAAUAAAGCACUUUAGUAUCUGUUCAGGUAGUUUUGAAAACCAACUUUUCCCCUUCAGGAUAAGAACUUCCAGGUUACCUAAAAAUGCAAUAAAAAUCUUUAUAGUCUAAGCUUCUUGGCACAUAAUUUUUCAUCAGGGUUUUUCUUUUAUUAAAUGAGCACAAUAAUUUUGAUUUUUAUUUUCUGCAACCACCUAGCUCCUUGUUUAGUUUUUAAUUGUAUAGCUAUAUGAAAGAAGUGGCUAAGACAUUUGCUGCACACACUUGAACUGUUGGGUCAGUAGCUUUCUGUUACUGCCCUGACCCCAGUGUAAUUCAGGGGGAAACGUAUUUUUAUCUUACAGGGAUAUGUAGCUAUGUAUUUUACUAAUUGUGAAACACUGGAAAUUAAUGAUGCAGACAACUUGGUGUGGUCUUUGAACGGCUCUCUGCAGUGUUUUUUUCUGUUACCAUAAAUUGUAUUUAAGUGCUUGCUCUCCUCUGCUUUUAAGUUGUACCAAUAAAAUCGGCAACCUCAGCCUCCCCUUCCCAUUUGACACUCCUUAGCUUAAAAUGAUGUAGUUGUUUUAGUUAUCCUUGUAAUGUGACUUUUAUUUUUAAGUCAUGGUGUAUUACAUUUGUUUGUCACUAGUUGGGCAUGUGCCAAUAAUUUUCUGUCCAUUCCUUAAUUGCCAUCUCUAUUUUGUCUGAUUUUUUUCUCUUCAGCGGAAUAACAGCUUUUUUGCAUGAAAAAAAUAGUUUUUACUAUUAGACAUGUAAAGGGAAGAGAGAGUGAAUGUAUUGGACUUUGUAAGCCUAAAAGGAAUAUUUGGAUCCCUCUAAUAAAUAAGGGCUAUGUACGAUACAGAGUAAUCAUGUAGUGGAAGAUACUUGCAAGUCAUAGAUUUGUAGGCAGGCGGAUCUGUUACUCCCUGUAUCUAGGCUGAAUGUAAAAUCCUUUAUGUUGUAUUAAUGGGGGUAAUAACUAUUUUUAUUUGCUGAUGAUAUACUUGGUUUCUAAUAAAGUGUCCUAGGCUCUA